AUGGCUCAGCUUCCGACUAUGAAGCUGGAUGUCGACUACGACAAGCAGCAGACUGUCUUUCAGUCUUUCCUCACGGAAUUCAAAACUACCACUAUCACGGAAGCCGAUGCCCGUGAUGCCCUGUCGAAUCUGAACAUGGACGAUGAGGAGGACAUGGAUAUGAAUGACACUCCCGGUCGCCGGUCUACGCGAUCGGGUGGUGCCAGAAGACGAACUGGAAGGAGGCCGAGAGCUGCGGUACAGGAACCAAAGCUCAAGUAUAUGAUACAGUUGCAGGAAAUUGCAAACAGGGAGCGGGACUCAAUAACAAUUGAACUGGAUGAUCUCAAAGAGUUCGAGGAGGGGUUUGCUGCGGAUGAGCCGUUGAACCUGGUUUCUUCGAUAAACAAGAAUUGCGCACACUACAUUGAGAUCUUCUCGAGAGCAAUUGACAAAGUUGUUCCUCCAGAGACACUCGAAAACACAUACAACGACGAUGUUCUCGAUGUCAUUCUGACGCAACGUCGAAACCGCAAUAUCGCAGCUGCUGAUUCAACUGCGGACCCUCUCUCCCUUGACGAUGCCCCUCAGCUAUUCCCAGCGCUUCUUACUCGUCGCUACCAGGUCUACUUCAAACCCCUUACCCCCACUGGCGAUCAGGGUAGUAAAGCUAUGGCUGUUCGUAAUGUCCGUGGCGCCCAUCUAGGUCAUCUCAUUACCGUCCGCGGUAUCGCUACUCGUGUCUCAGACGUGAAGCCGACCGUUCUAGUUAAUGCGUAUACAUGCGACCGCUGUGGUUCUGAAAUCUUCCAAGAAAUCAAGACCAAGUCCUUUGCCCCACUUGUCGACUGUCCCUCAGAGGAGUGCAAGAGCAAUGAUGCACGUGGUCAACUCUUUAUGUCCACACGUGCCUCAAAAUUCCUCCCAUUCCAGGAAAUCCGUAUCCAGGAAAUGUCCGACCAGGUCCCAGUUGGUCACAUCCCCCGUACUCUAACCGUUCACGCUCACGGGUCUCAAACCCGCACCGUCAACCCUGGUGAAAUCGUUGACAUUGCUGGAAUUUUUCUCCCAACACCGUACACCGGUUUCAAGGCGAUCAAAGCAGGACUUCUCACAGAUACCUAUCUCGAGGCAAUGCAUGUGGAACAACACAAAAAGCAAUACGACGAUAUUGUUGUAGACCCCCGCACAGUCCGGCGCAUUGAGGAACUUCGUGCCGCCGGUAACCUCUACGAUACUCUUGCCAAGUCAAUUGCGCCAGAGAUUUACGGCCAUGAUGAUGUCAAGAAGUGCCUCCUCCUCCUUCUCAUUGGCGGUGCAACCAAAGAAAUGGGCGACGGUAUGAGAAUUCGUGGUGACAUCAAUGUCUGUCUCAUGGGAGACCCUGGUGUGGCCAAAUCUCAACUUUUAAAAUAUAUCUGCAAAGUUGCUCCUCGAGGUAUCUACACUACCGGUCGUGGUUCCUCGGGUGUUGGUCUCACUGCGGCUGUCAUGCGUGAUCCCGUCACCGAUGAAAUGGUGCUUGAGGGAGGAGCUCUAGUUCUUGCAGACAACGGUAUCUGCUGUAUCGAUGAGUUUGACAAGAUGGACGACUCUGAUAGAACCGCGAUUCACGAAGUCAUGGAGCAACAGACAAUCUCCAUUUCAAAAGCUGGUAUUACUACAUCAUUGAACGCGCGGACUUCUAUCCUCGCUGCCGCAAAUCCGUUGUAUGGACGCUACAACCCCAAAAUCUCGCCGGUGGAGAAUAUAAAUCUUCCCGCCGCCUUGUUGUCUCGUUUCGAUAUCCUAUUCUUGAUCCUAGAUACCCCUAGCAGAGAAAGUGACGAAGAGCUAGGACGUCACGUCACUUUCGUGCACAUGGAGAAUCGCCAUCCCGACAUGGAUUUUGAGCCAUUAACUCCGAGCGAGAUGCGGAUGUACAUUGCGCAAGCCAGGCAGAAGCGACCAGUCAUCCCAAAAGAGGUGGCGGACUAUAUUGUCGGUGCCUAUGUUAGCAUGAGGAAGAACGCCAAGAAGGCAGAGAGUGAGAACAGACAAUUCACACACGCCUCCCCGCGUACCCUACUAGGCAUAAUUCGUCUCUCUCAAGCUCUCGCGCGUCUUCGUUUUGCCGACCAAGUUGUUAUUGAAGACACUGACGAGGCUCUACGCCUCAUUGAAGUUUCGAAGGCAUCCCUGUACGGAAAGGAUGACUGGGACGAAGACAAUACCGUGAGCUCUAAUAUCUAUAACAUCAUCCGCUCGCUCGCUUUCCCAGGUGGCGCCGCUGGUGAUGGAAAUGGCGAGCUCAGUAUGAGGACCGUGAGGGACCGUGUACUAGCAAAGGGAUUCACGGAUGAUCAACUCGCGGAGGUGGUGGACGAAUAUGCUGCAUUGGAUGUCUGGCAGGUAGCAGGUGAAGGCACGAAACUUAUCUUUGUCGGGGCGGAUGACGAGGAAGCAAUGGAUGUGGAUAUGUAA